GCGUCGUGUACCGGCAUAUUCUUUAGUAGACGCAGUUGGUGAUAACCUUUUGCGGAUUCUGUUCAAUAUGGUAGCAAAGUUCAUAACAAUACCUGAAUGUCCAGAUGUGCCCACAGAUCGAUGGAGUGCCGAGGACCCGUCACAAACACCGAUGAAGUCAAAGUUGACAGCCUCGGUGAUACACUUAUCAUGUCAGACUCUGCCACCACCUCCGCAAAGGCUAAUCCCAAGAGAAAGCGGUCUAGUACCUCCCGUUCUAAGCAAGGUAAGUUCCUCAUAUUGCACCACAUUUUAGUUGAGCAGUUGCUGAUACUUUUGUCAUAGGAUGCUUGACUUGCCGCACAAAAAAGGUCAAAUGCGAUGAACGUCUUCCUUGCUGUAGAAGAUGCGAACGUCUGAAGCUGAAUUGCCAGCAGUCGUGCUCCCGUAUCUUACCAAGUGUGAGAGACCGACGACGCGGUGUUGGCCCACUUAAGUCUCGCAACUCUGACUGGUCUCCUCAGCCGCUCUCUCCAGCUCUACAAGUAUCAGAAGAACAGCCACCAAAUUCAGAAACGCUUUUAAACCAUUAUCUGUCGGGUUAUGAACAUGGAUUAGUAGCUGCAUCAGCAUCCUUGUUCUUAGCAGAAGAUUCUUCAGACAUAUCUCAAUGUGAAGCACCAAAUAUUGAGACAGAGGCAAAUACACUUUUGAACCCUGCUUCCGAUUGGAUACUUCCAGGUUCUCAGUGUAUAAAUGCUUAUGCUAGCACAUAUUGUAAUCCUAUAUCUUUCGAACAGCUUUCUAUAGCAAACAUAUCGUCGGCACAGGAAAUUGUGUCGGAAAAUGGGAUGUCUCUGACUGUAGACGAAGAGCUAGCUCUCGCACAUUAUCGGACAGCAUUUUCUCUAACUCAGACUACAAGAGAUCCAAAGUGGUCCACUCCCGCUUUACUGUUACUUCACGGACUGAAGCACUCACAGAUGCUUCUCCACCUCAUACUAGCCGUUUCGCUUUAUGAUACGCCCUCCGAUCCCGUCAAUGUUAGUCGUCUCCGUCAAACUGGCCAUAAACAUUACGAAAAAGGCACGGAGCAUCUGAUGCUAGCUUUACAAAGUGAAGGUUUUCCAGACCACCUAGCAGUCGUGGGAUCUUUUUAUUGCAUACAAAUGUAUAUGUCACGAUCCCAUGGCACCAUCAUACCAAAGUUAGACCAGCUCAGUAUCGCAGCAACAGAGCAUUUGAAAAAGUAUAACUUGAUAGUGCCUAUCUACGGCCAGUCACAUUCAAAUAAUAAAUCUAUGAAGGAACGUGCAGAGCGAAGUUUAAUCGCUCGCAUGAUCAUGUGGCUGCUGAAAAUUGAUGCACAGGGAAGUUUUUUAGGAUGUAAGCCUAGUUUAGUAAACUACUUUCAAGCACAUCCUGAUCACCUAUCAGCUGUGCAAGCAGAAUCUCGUCUUGCUUUGCAGCUUAAUUGGGGAGCAGAAUAUCCAAUAUCGCAAAGCAUCCGGGAUAUUGAGAGUUGUUUGCCAGUGGACAUGAUGACUGAUAUGCUAGUUCUAUACUCCAAGAUUAGCGAAUUCAGCCAAUUACCCUCGAACAUUCAGACCAGUGAAAUGCUAGCGAGUCUGCAAAAGGAAUUAGCUGCUUUAGAAAUAGUAAGUUAUGGUAAUUAUCGUAUUGGAUUAUGCUUACUACUUGUAGCGUUACGGUGCUGUUUUCUAUUAUGGUUCUUCAGAGAUGACCCUACAACCGGCAAUGAAACUCAAUUGUGCAAACUCGGCUACAAUGUAUUCCGCACUCCAAAUAUAUUUCGCCCGAAGUGGGUCAAGCUCAUUCGGAGAAGAAGCCACACCUGAUAUUAAAGCUGUUUUAAGCCAACUACUGCUCUUCGCCAUGCAUGUUUGUCCUGCCGGCUCAAAACAGCCGGUGUAUGAAUUUCAAUGGUCUUUGUUCAUUGCAGCUGUCGAAACUAAUGAUAUGAUACACCAAGAAUGGUUACAAGCUAGAAUAACUAACCAUCGCCUUCGCAAAGCCCUGCAGCGUAUUUCUUCGUUCAAGCGAAGCAAUAUGGGGAAAAUAUCUUUAAGUAAGGUGAGGGAAAUCUUUUGGGCUGUGUAAGAAAGAAUGCAUACAUUGAUUUCACUGUAUUGGAGGUAUGUGUACUAAAUGAAUUCAAUGGACUGCAUGGAUGCUCAUUACGCAUGGCCAAGGGACCCGGGUCAGUCCGAUUGGACUAAACGUGCAUCACAAUAGUUUGUUCGGGAUGUAACACUUCGAAAGGAGGCUGCUUUGGUUGCCUGAUGAUCAGGGGAAAAGAGGUUAAGGUUACUCGGCGUCAAUGGAUAUGUACUAUACUCAGCAGAAGCGACUUUCUACUUCUUCCAUCUGAGCAAAUCAUCCGGAUCUACACAAAUCCGGACAAUGAUCAAUCAAACGAGCCAACCAAGCAAUUUUAGCAGAGAGAUAGUAUUACCUAAAUAUUCAAAAGAAUAUUACGAAAAUACAAACUCCUUUCAACGCCUAGCUACCUGCUGCGGGGUCCAGUAAAAGCCACAACUAGGAAAAAGCGAGGUUCCCCCGUUUUGAUCAAUUAGUCAUACCGCGGUCGUACGUCCAAU